AUUCCAAAGCAAAUAACGAGUAUGGAAGGCAUUGGAAAGUAUGAAGCGAAUCAAAUGAACAAGUACACAAGGGGCUAACACUUUUGUGGGCUUGUAAACGUCCUACACAUCAGUUAAUACUAAAAUUAUUCCUGUAUCUAACGUUUAUCCUUUUUCCAUAGAAAAGUUGUCUUUUUUUUUUUUUUAAAGAAAACAGAAGUAUUCUUAUUCUUCGGGAUAUCAUAGAUCUAUAAGGUAAGUUGUGGAGAAGAAAAGAAGAACUUACAAUAUCCUAGAUUCCAAUAUUCAAAAGAGAAAAUAGUUCGGAAUUUUGGCAUUAGAGUAUCUCUAUUGCAGAAUUUAAGGAUGCAGUGUAUCUUGAAUGCCUCGUGUGGUUAUCUAUUACAGAGUAUGCUAUACUAUAGAGCAGUGAAAGAACUGUCAGUAAAUAAGGAAGAAAAUACAAUUCAAUUUCUUCAACAUAGCCAUAACGAUAUGGAGAAUAAGGGCAUAACUCAUCCAACAUAUCAGAUUGGUAAUGGAGAAAUAUCAGAUUGGUAAUGGAGAAAGGACCUUCUUGUGGUGGGAUAAUUGGCACCCUCUUGGUCCCUUAUAUGAUCGAUUUGGGGCUAGAGUGGUGCAUAAUGUUGGCAGAUCUUUAAGGGCUAAGGUGGCUUCAAUAGUGGAAAAUGGGGCUUGGAGAUGGCCCAGAUUAAGAAACCCCCUUAUUCAGACCAUCAUCUCUCACACUCAGAAUUUGGUUCCACACCCUGAGAUGGUGGAUUCAGUAAUUUGGGUGCCUCAUCCUAGUGGUAUUUUCACUAUUAAGUCUGCUUCGGAAGCUAUUCGGGAGAAAUUCCCUAUUCAGCCUCAAUGGUCUUUUAUACUUUGGUUGGCAGCUCUUCACAGACUGAGUACUAAGGAUAGAUUGAGAAACUGGGGUAUGGCUGUGGAUGCUCUUUGCUGCCUCUGCCAGGAUGAGGAGGAAUCACAUCAUCAUUUGUUCUUUGAUUGUUCAUAUUCUACACGCGUUUGGCAGUACUUGGUGUCAAAGAAUAGAGUGGCUGGCAUUCCUAAUAAUAUGGGAGAUGUUCUUGAUUGGUUGCAGGGCAAUGUAUCUUGGGAUAGUUUCAGAUUUGUUAGUUUGAAGUGUACAUUGGCAGCUACUAUUUAUGGUCUUUGGCAGGAAAGAAACUUUCGUAUUUUCUGUGCAAAGAUGAAGGAUCAUACUCAGGUGGCAACAGAUAUAGCCAAUGGGAUUCGUACCUUUCCUUAGCUCCAGAAGGAAUGUAAAACAAUCCUCGCAAAAUCGGAGUAUUUGUGAGAUAUGGGGCUUGCCUCAUAGGAUCAUGCAAUCUGUAUAGUUUUUUACAGUGUCUUCUUUGUUUUUGUUUUCUUGUUUAGAGCUGUUAAGUAUGGUUGCCUGUAUUGUUGUUUCUUGUAAGGAGAUUCUAUCCCUUAUACUUUGUUUCUUGGUUUGAGCCUAAUAAAAUUUUGUGCACUUAUCAAAAAAAAAAAACUCAUCCAACAUAACAGGAUGAUAGCAUAAAGCUCAUCCAACAUAACAGGGUGAUAGCAUAAGCCUCAUUCAACACGACCCAUUUUAAUUUACUUUCGAUAUCAUUAUAAUCAAUUAUUAUGUCAGUGCCAACCUGGAAAAGGUCCAACCUAAGUAACAGUAAGUAGACGGCAAAGCUUGGAGAUAAAACUCUCAUCCGCAAAGGCAGGCUUCUCAUGCCAGGAAACCAAAC